AAGUCGCGUACGCACGUACACAAAACACACGUUAAUAUACGCGCUAGUGAUUUACCGUUUGAGUUUUUACACAGGAAUGUUAUGUACAACAUAUUUUCGUUGAUAUAGAGUCGGUGCUUAUAAUUGUCAGCUGUAAUGAAGAAGGCACGCGCUGGUGGUGGAAAGACUGAAAUUGGCAAUGUAGGCAAGAAUGCAAAAGUUGGAUCGAGUUUUCCGACUGGCGGUAGACUACUGAGCGUCUCAGCAGGCAAAACCUCUACGGCCCCAAGCUAUAAAACAGCUAAAACUCAUAAGUCUUCGACGACUUUCGGCGUAGUGUGGAUACCACGCCGCAAAACAAAUAAAUAUUACAAAGACACAGUUUACAAUUCCCAUAAAAAUGAUCGCUCUUACGACAGGGCGCCAUCUAUGUUCAAUUAUAUGUCGGGGGAUUCGUCCAAUCAUGAAACUUUGUUGAAGAAAAAGGAUGAUGAAUCAGCUUUGGUAGCUCCUGAGCAUUCAGGAGGUAGUGCAUUGGCUGCAACAAGCACUGGGGUGGCGAUAGCAGUAUCUGAAAUUCCACCAGAUUUAGUUGGUACAAACCAGGAUGAAAAGCAGGAACUUAUUAAACGGGACACUGAAGAUGACAAGGAAGCAGCUGGUGAUACGAUCAACAAAAAAAGAGAAGAAAAUACAGACAACAAGACUCAGACAGAGAAAGAAAGAGAUACCGAAGUAAAAUCAGAGAAAGAACAAUUAGGUGACAAUGUGGACAGCGUAUUCCUCAGGUCACCUCCCCCGCAUAAAGUCCGUUCAAGUGCGUCAACUCCACAAGAAGAAGAAGACUGUGGUAUAAAAUGCCUUUACUAUACAUUACUAUGCUGCGAUUGUGUCCUUAUGUAAGCUAUAUUUUCUAGGAUGUGCUCAAAUUUUUAACUGUGCAGAAUAACAUGUCCCCCUUUUAAGAACUGUUAUGAUUUUUUGAUGAUUAUUCCAUGAAAUCUGCAAUUAAAUGCAUAUAAAUAUAACAAAAAUGUAAUGUUAUAGUGUUAGAGCAGUUAGGAUAGAUCCUGGAAAUCUGUAUGUUAUGCGAAUGACCUCAGCUGUGGAUGUUUUGACCCACAAUGUUACUUCAAUAAUACUGACUUUAGAUUACCACACUUUAACCAUCAGGCAUUAUGAUAUGAUAUUAAAAAAAGAAGUUUUCUCUAAUUAGAUUUUUUGUGGAUUUGAGUAGAAAGGUUAUUAAAAAAGUUUUCUUGAAAUAUCUCAAAAUACAAAUUUGUACAUAUAAAAAUUAAUAAUCCCUGUAUACAAUGCUUGCUAUAAAUUGAGGUUUAGUACAGUAAAAUAAUAUGAUUAUUUAACUAUAUGUAUGAGAUAAAAAGUUUAUCCUAAAGUAUGUAGGUGUAUUUCUGUACACUUAAAAACAUGAGUUAAGUUAAGUAACAUUUUCAUUUCAAAGUAACAUUUAGAGGGUCAGUCUCUUCAGCGUGUGUGAUAUAUAUGUAAAACAAAAUCAAUUUUACUUUAAAAUUAGUUCAAUAUUAAAGAGUGAUGAUAAAUAGUCUUCACAUAACAUAUUGCACUCAACUCAAACUCAACUCAGCACUGAUUCAACUCAAAUUACAGCAAUGAAAUAUGAGGAUUAUAUUAUUGUGACUAAGUGUUGUUUGAAGCGUAAAAAAAGGGUGGGCAAUACUUGUCAUAAACUAUAAGCACAACUAUUUUAAAGGAUUGCUUUUAUAUUAUUACAGUAUUUAUGUACUAGUACUCCAUGUUAUUAAAUGACUAAUGAAACAAAAUUGUAUUAGCAGACUGGUACUAUGGUCUCCUGUAAAAUGAGCAAAAUUGAUCUGACCUAACAACUCUGACAAUAUUCGUUACACCAUAUAAGAAUAUUUUAUUAAAAUAAAAAAGUUUAUUAUGACAUCAUCUGUAUAUUUGGUGAGGUUUUUGUGUAUCAACCAAUGAAAAUGGUUCUCCAAAUGCAAAUAUUUCUUAUGGUAUCAGAUUUCCUGCACCCUGAAAGCUUUUCCUUAUAUUAGAAACUAAUGUUCUGUGAUUGUUUGUGCUAUAGCAGUUUUGAAAUGGUUGCAUAAAAAACUUUUGAUAUUUUGCCAAGCAGAAAGUGAUAUCUUCAUUUUGCCCCGCCAUCUCUCGGCGGCCCUGUUUCUCUAUGGAUUCAACAGGUAUCUUGCAAUAUAAUUUCGGAUGGAAUGUCAAUUUUUACAUUAUUCAUGGUUGAGAAGAGUGUGUAAAGGUUAGAAUGUAAUAGAGAAUCAUGGCUCUGUGCUAAUUAC